UUUUCUUUUGCUAAUAAAAUUUUUCCAAUCUUCCAAUCACCAAAUUUUCAAAAUUAGCCAAACAUGCUCUCUUGACCAAACACUAUCUUACACGACAAAAAUCAAAACCACCCAAUUUUCCCGAGAAUCCAAAAAAGAAAAAGAAAAUGGAAGAAAAAUUGGAAUGGGAAAAAGAAAAGAUGUUGACAGAAAUUUGCUAAAACCAAACCCUCCCAACACCUGGAAUCUGCUGCUUUGUCUAUCUCCCCGAACCCUAAAAAGCUCAAUCCCAAACCCGCACUCACACUAACCCCACUCGCUCUCUCUCUCUCUCUCUCUAACAGUGAUAUCUGUCGCCCUCAAUUGCGACUUUCCACCACUCACACGCACAUUCUCUCUCUUUGUAAUAUAUACAUUUUUCUAGGGUUUUUGGUAAUGAAUCAAGUGGCGGGGCCUAAGGACGCUGAGGAGGAGCCCGCAGCUCAGUCCCUUGUUGAGGUUUCAAAGGGUUCCGAUAAGGCUGAGACUCUCAGUCCUGACGAAGUGGCUGUGGAGAAGCCCAACGAUCCAAUGGAGGAGGACUCCGUUAGUCCCGCAACCGUUUUUUGUAUCAGGCUCAAGCAGCCUAGGUCUAAUUUGAUGCACAAGAUGAGCGUCCCUGAGCUUUGUCGCAAUUUUAGUGCUGUUGCUUGGUGUGGGAAGCUGAAUGCUAUAGCUUGUGCAUCCGAAACUUGUGCAAGAAUUCCAAGUUCUAACGCAAAUCCACCGUUUUGGAUCCCCAUACAUAUUGUGAUUCCAGAACGACCAACUGAGUGUGAAGUGUUUAAUGUUAUAGCAGAUUCUCCUCGCGAUUCUGUUCAAUUUAUUGAAUGGUCCCCUACCUCUUGCCCUCGUGCCUUAUUAAUUGCGAAUUUCCAUGGACGGAUAACUAUUUGGACUCAGCCUUCUCAAGGGUCAGCUAAUUUAGUACGUGAUACUAACUGCUGGCAACGUGAACAUGAAUGGCGGCAGGAUAUUGCAGUUGUUACGAAGUGGUUAUCUGGGGUAUCUCCGUAUAGAUGGCUUUCCUCAAAAUCCAGCGCCACCUCAAACUCAAAGUCAACUUUUGAGGAAAAAUUCCUCUCACAGCAGUCUCAAAAUUCAGUUUUGGUUUUUGGUUCAGCUAGGUGGCCAAACUUCCUUUGUGUUUGUUCUGUUUUCUCAUCUGGAUCUGUUCAACUUCAUUGGUCCCAGUGGCCUCCUACUCAGAAUAGUUCUCCACCAAAGUGGUUUUGGACAAGUAAAGGACUUUUGGGUGCAGGGCCUAGUGGGAUCAUGGCUGCUGAUGCUAUCAUAACAGACAGUGGUGCCAUGCAUGUGGCUGGUGUUCCUAUUGUAAACCCAUCUACUGUUGUUGUUUGGGAGGUAACUCCUGGACCUGGAAAUGGGUUCCACACAACUCCCAAGACAAGCACAACCAGUGGAGUCCCACCGUCAAUAAACCCACCAGCUUGGGCAGGUUUUUCGCCUCUGGCUGCAUAUUUAUUUAGCUGGCAAGAGUACCUAAUAUCUGAAGCAAAGCAAGGGAGAAAGCAGGCGGAUCCAGGCGUGAGUGACACUGUACCACUUCAUUGCUCUCCAGUUUCAAAUUUUUCUGCAUAUGUAAGCCCGGAAGCUGCAGCUCAAUCUGCAACUACCACGACAUGGGGCUCUGGAGUUACUGCUGUUGCCUUUGACCCAACUUGUGGUGGUUCUGUGAUAGCUGUUGUCAUAGUUGAAGGACAAUACAUGUCUCCAUAUGAUCCAGAUGAGGGUCCUUCAAUUACAGGAUGGAGAGUGCAACGUUGGGAAUCAUCUCUUCAGCCCGUUGUUCUCCAUCAAAUAUUUGGAAAUCCAACUUCCAGUUUUGGUGGACAGGCUCCUAUGCAAACAGUUUGGGUUUCAAAAGUGGAUACAAGCAUUCAACCAACCAAUGAUUUUAAGAAUCAACAAGCUGCUGCAACAGGUCCAACCUCUGAUGGAAGGAAGAUAUCAGAAUCUAUUGUGGAGAAGGCAAAAAGAGUAGCUUUUGAUCCUUUUGAUUUGCCAAGUGAUGUUAGAACGCUUUCUCGAAUUGUAUAUUCUGCUCAUGGUGGUGAGAUUGCUGUUGCUUUUCUCCGGGGCGGGGUCCACAUUUUUUCUGGUCCAAACUUUGCACCUGUUGAUAACUACCAGAUAAAUGUUGGAUCUGCAAUUGCGGCUCCUGCAUUCUCAUCGACAAGCUGCUGUUCAGCUUCUGUUUGGCAUGACACCACCAAGGACCGUACCAUUUUAAAGAUUAUACGUGUUCUUCCUCCUGCUGUUCCAGUUAGUCAAUUGAAGGCCAACUCAUCAGCCUGGGAACGUGCAAUUGCAGAGAGAUUUUGGUGGAGUCUUUUAGUUGGAGUAGAUUGGUGGGAUGCUGUUGGCUGUACACAGAGUGCUGCAGAGGAUGGCAUUGUUUCAUUGAACAGUGUAAUUGCAGUUUUGGAUGCGGAUUUUCACUCUCUUCCUUCUACUCAGCAUAGGCAACAAUAUGGUCCUAGUCUAGACAGGAUAAAAUGCAGGCUGCUGGAAGGUACAACUGCUCAAGAAGUUAGGGCAAUGGUUCUAGAUAUGCAAGCAAGGUUAUUGCUGGAUAUGCUAGGGAAAGGAAUUGAGUCUGCUUUAAUAAAUCCUUCUGCCCUGGUACCAGAGCCAUGGCAUGAAUCUGGUGAAACAUUAUCUGUCAUUGAUCCUGAAGCAAUGGCUGUUGAACCAGCAUUAGUUCCGAGCAUUCAGGCUUAUGUUGAUGCGGUUCUUGAUCUAGCAUCACAUUUCAUUACACGCUUGCGGCGCUAUGCAAGUUUCUGUCGUACAUUGGCAAGUCAUGCUGUAACUGCUGGUACUGGCAAUAACCGCAAUAUGGUGGCUAGUCCUAACCAAAGUUCUGCAGCUCCCGCAACAAGUCAAGGAGGUCAAAGUGGAACCACAAGUUCUACCGGAAGCACCCAGAUGCAAGCUUGGGUUCAAGGUGCUAUUGCCAAGAUUAGUAGCACCACAGAUGGAGUCUCCAGUUCAACUCCUAACCCCAUUAGUGGACCAUCAUCCUUUAUGCCUAUUAGCAUUAACACAGGAACUUUUCCUGGAACACCAGCUGUUAGGCUGAUUGGGGAUUGCCAUUUCCUUCAUAGACUAUGUCAACUUCUGCUCUUCUGUUUUUUCUUUCGGAGAUCACAGGUGCCUCGUUUUGUUGGGGGUGCCCAGAGAAAUGCUGAUGCAAAUAUGCAAAAGCCUCAGUCCGUUCCUCCUGGGAAGGUGGAAGAAGUUGGUUCCGUUUCUGCAAAGCCAUCAUCAGCAAUUGCCAGACCAGAUGAAAAUCAGGUUGUGCGAACUGGUCAGGUCAUGCCUGGAGCAAAGGGAGCUGAAGAAGGACCUGCAGGAAGGUCAAGACUGGGUGCUGGUAAUGCUGGUCAAGGAUAUACUUUUGAGGAGGUCAAAGUCCUUUUUCUCAUACUUAUGGAUCUGUGUCGGCGGACAGCAGGCUUGACUCACCCAUUGCCAGUUUCUCAAGUGGGAAGCAGCAACAUCCAGGUGCGGCUGCAUUAUAUUGAUGGUAAUUAUACUGUACUUCCAGAGGUUGUUGAAGCAUCCCUUGGUCCUCAUAUGCAGAAUAUGCCACGGCCUAGAGGUGCAGAUGCUGCUGGUCUGUUGCUCCGAGAGUUGGAACUCCAUCCUCCUGCUGAAGAAUGGCAUCGACGAAAUAUGUUUGGUGGGCCUUGGUCUGAUCCCGAAGAUGUGGGUCCUGUGGAUGAUAAUCCAAAGCUGAGUAAUUCGGGAGACCCACUUGAUUUCAGUUCGGUGGAAAGUUGCGAUGUUUAUUAUGGAGCGCAGCGGUUGUGGCCCAGGAAACGCAGGUUGUCUGAAAGAGAUGCAGCUUUUGGCUUAAAUACUUCUGUGGGUCUUGGAGCAUAUCUUGGUAUAAUGGGAUCUCGAAGAGAUGUUGUUACUGCUGUUUGGAAGACGGGGCUUGAAGGGGUUUGGUACAAGUGCAUAAGAUGUUUGCGGCAGACUUCUGCAUUUGCUUCACCAGGUGCUACCAAUCCUCCUAGCCAGAAUGACCGGGAGGUUUGGUGGAUCAGCCGCUGGGCUUAUGGCUGUCCUAUGUGUGGUGGAACAUGGGUCCGAGUUGUGUAGAUUCUGAAUUAACUAUAACUUAUUAAGUGGGCACCUCCACUUCUCUCUCUAUUGCAGAAGGAAUUCCAGGAAGGCUGACUGGACAUGUACAUAAUGGGAUUUUGGUUAGAGCAAUCAAUUAUAGAAGACUAAGAUUCUUGAAAGGCUCAUUUUGAUCAUAUUGACUGUGAAGCUACAAGUGUCCAUUGUCAGAUUUCCUGUUGUUGAGGUUUGGGUUUUGUGAAGCCGAACAUUACAUGUUAGUUUAAGGAAUGGGGUUCAGCUGGCAUUGUUGAUGAAAAAGGGUCACAUUGAUUUUUGCUGGUAUUUGGAUCGGUUGCUCCAUAUCUGCUUAAUGAUGCUGGUGACAAUCUAUCGACGAAUACUGCAAUAUCUGCUUUGGUUCUUGUUGAUCCUUUCAUAUUGCAAAUGUUACAGAUGGCAACUCAUCUAGUCUGAAUCAUGGGUCCGUACUGUUGGACCGGUAUACAAUGGUCUGUCGUGCUGAUGUGGUAUAAAUGAUUUUCCUUGUUCCGCAAAACUUGUGUCCUGAUAUGUUUGUUGCUGAAGCAAAUAUAACGCAGGCUGUUCCAGACUGCAUCUCUGCUCUGCCAGAAGAUUUCUGUUUGCUGUUACGUUAUUAGGCAUGAUUUGAUGUUGUUUUUCUUCUGUAUAAAUUGUGUUUUUUGGCAGUGGACGGUGUAGAGGUAGAUGGUAGUUGAUAUAGGCCAUAGUUGCACAGAACAUAUAAUAUAGUUUCGUAACUAAGCGACCAGAAUGGGAAGUGAGUAAGUCUGUGUUAAGGAGUGUUGUAAUGGUUUAGAUGACAUGAUUGUAAGGCUUGACUCCUCAGUGGAUGCCUAGUGGUAGGAAUUAUCAUUUCUAGCUUAAAAAUGCUAAAUUAUUGUAAUACUUUGUUCGAAGCCGGUUUGAUGUGGAGUUUGAACAUUGAUCGGACGGCCAUUACACAUAAUCUCUCUCUUUUGCUUCGUUACCUGCUGGAAUUAUAUAAAUUUCAGCAUUCAACUUAUGGGAGUAAUUUUAGGCUA